AUGACGACGACAGAGCAAGAGAGGGCAGUGCUCCUGGAGCAGUUGCAGCACCGCUGUAGGCUUCACCUGCUACUUUGCCGCUUGGAGGCGGGUUUCCAUGCGAUUCUUCUGGAGCAGAUGGCCGAAGUGGAAACCAAAGCGGAGUGGGAUGCACUGCGGUGUUUCACGGAACAGAUGGGCAUCAACGUAUCCCAGGACAGGUUCGCGUACCAGCUGCAAGCACAGCUCGUACAGCCACGAACAAUGUCAGCCCAAGAAUGGCAUUUUGGAGAGCGACGACGCAAAGACGCAAUUCCCUUUCCCUUGUCAUGA